GAGGGGAGGGGUGCUUGAGCGCGGAUGCUGGAAGUUCACAUCCCGUCCGUGGGGCCGGAGGCCCAGGCGCCCAGGCAGAGCCCGGAGAAAGGGCACAUGGUGUUCCGAGUGGAGGUGCAGUACCGCGGGCGCAGACACACCGUGCCGAGGCGCUACAGCGAGUUCCACGCGCUGCACAAGCGGAUCAAGAAACUCUACAAAGUGCCCGAAUUCCCCUCGAAACGCCUGCCCAACUGGAGGGCCCGAGGAUUGGAGCAGCGGCGGCAGGGCUUGGAGGCCUACAUCCAGGGCGUCCUGCACCUGAACCGCGAUGUUCCCAAGGAGCUCCUGGAGUUCCUGAGUCUUCGGCACUUCCCCACAGACCCCAAAGCCAGCAGCUGGGGAGCCCUGGGGGAGUUCCUGCCUAGCAACCGCAGGCAACUGCACCACCGGCCUGUCAUCAGCUUCUGCAGGGAUCCCUACACCUCCACCUCGUCCCCAGAGCCUCUGCCCAAUGUGGUGGUAAAUGGCGUGCUCCAGGGCUUCUACAGCUUCAGCACCUACCCAGCGGAUGCCCAGCCAGAGGCUCCCUGCCUCCCUGCACCUAGGUCGCCGAUGCUCUGA